UGAAAGUGAACCUACCCUCUAACUAUUCAUGUCAUCAUUAAAGUGGAAACAACGUCACUCUGGUUGAAAAGUCAAAGUAUCCAAAAUAUUUUUGUGAAAUUAGCAAGGAUGAUACACAGUCUGUUUAUAAUCAACUCAAGCGGUGACGUUUUCCUGGAAAAACACUGGCGAUCCGUCGUUUCGAGAUCGGUUUGUGACUAUUUCUUGGAUGCACAACGAAAGUCCCCGAAUGACAUUCCACCAGUCUUAUCCACGCCACACUACUAUCUCAUUUCCAUACAACGUGGCGGUGUGUCUCUAGUGAGUUGCUGUAAGCAGGAGACCCAACCAUUGUUUGUUAUCGAAUUUUUGCAUCGAGUUGUUGAUACAUUCGAGGAUUAUUUUUCCGAAUGCAGCGAGUCCAUCAUCAAGGAAAAUUAUGUGGUCGUCUAUGAACUGUUGGACGAAAUGCUCGACAACGGUUUUCCUCUAGCUACCGAAAGCAACAUUCUCAAAGAGUUAAUAAAACCGCCCAACAUUCUACGGACGAUUGCGAAUACAGUGACUGGUAAAUCGAAUGUAAGUGGCACAUUACCUUCGGGUCAGCUGAGUGCAAUCCCAUGGAGACGAAGUGCCGUUAAGUAUACGAACAACGAGGCAUAUUUUGAUGUAAUCGAAGAAGUUGACGCCAUCAUCGACAAGAACGGUCAGACAGUGUUUGCCGAGAUUCAGGGAUACAUUGACUGCUGCAUUAAACUUAGUGGAAUGCCCGAUCUGACCCUGUCGUUCAUGAAUCCCCGAUUGUUCGACGAUGUGUCCUUCCACCCAUGUGUACGUUUCAAACGGUGGGAAUCGGAACGAAUGCUUAGCUUUAUUCCACCGGAUGGCAAUUUCCGCCUAAUGUCCUACCACAUCGGAACCCAAAGUGUUGUUGCCAUUCCAAUUUACAUUCGACACAAUUUGGUAUUCAAGACGGGUGAACAGGGUAAAUUGGACAUUACCGUCGGUCCAAAGACAACGCUGGGUCGAACAGUUGAAUCGGUUAAGCUGGAAGUCUGCAUGCCGAAAAAUGUGCUCAACUGUUUGCUGGUACCCACUCAGGGGAAGUAUUCAUUCGAUCCGAAAACGCAGAUUCUUCAUUGGGAUGUUGGUCGUAUUGAUGUCACAAAGUUGCCUAAUAUUCGAGGAACUGUAUCUGUUGUCAGCGGCAGUAGUACGACUACCGAGUCAAAUCCAUCAAUCAAUGUGCAAUUUAGUAUAUCUCAAUUAGCCGUAUCCGGACUGAAGGUAAAUCGACUGGAUAUGUACGGCGAGAAAUACAAACCGUUCAAAGGUGUCAAAUACGUAACCAAGGCUGGAAAAUUCCAAAUUCGAAUGUAAUUUCAACGGAGACCCAGUUCUAUCAGCUGCAUGUGUAUUGUCUACUGGUUUAGUUAUAAGCUCAUCUAUUCCAUUAUAAUCAAACGUUAAAUAACGGAAAAUUUAUUAAAUAUUUACCAUACAAAGGA